GGGCUAGGCAGUGGCGUUGCCAUGACAAGCGUUUUCUUAAGCUAGCGCCGCUCGUGUAGGACUCGCUCCAUUUGCAAAGGGCUGGCUCUGAAAACGGGGAGAAGGGAGGGAGAAGAGGCAAAAACAAACCCAAGCCCCCUCAUCUAUCUGCUGAUCAGCUUCAGUGCAGAGAUCGGUGGGGGUUGUUGGUUUUCCUUGCAGACCUGCAGCGUGAAAGGACAGUGGUCUCUCUCCACCCUCCAAACUUUGGGAAGAGCAAAAUCCAGCGAAGUGGAGGGGGGUGGAAAAGCGAAUCCAGGCGCUUGGGAUUUUUUAACCCCUUCCCGUCCAUGGAAAUCCAGGGGGGUUUCCCUGCCAGCGGAAGACGGGAUUACUGGAGGCGGAGGGAAAGCAGCCGCAGUCUAUGAAUUGAUUCCGCCGUGCGAAAGCCAUUGAUCGCAUGGCGCUUCCCCGGCCCGCAGCCUGAAGCGCCGGAGCAGCUGGGCGGGUUGUAACCUCGGGCUGGAGGAACCUCGCCUCCCGAGCCAGGAGCGCGGAGUAAGGAGCAUGGUUUCGUAGAAGGACUCGGGAGCCAGCCUGUUACUCCCAGGAGAAACUUGGGGAAGGUUGAAAUUGGGCUCUGAAGGCAGCAGCCUGAUUCGUUUUAAAUGAGGCACAAUCCUUCCUUGCUUCACCGGCCAUUCUGUCCUCGAAGCAGCGAGCUCAGUCCUGGUCUCCCAGUAGCCCAACAAAUGGGAGAAACUCCAUUUGACACCAGGAUCGGGCCCGUUCUUCCACCCUUGGAUCCUGAAUCACCGCUGUGAUAUCUGCCUGCAGACAGCUCCCGUUGCCGCUGGUAUCCAGGGAACCCUCCUCCUUCUCCAAGAGAGACACUGGUUGUUGCUAAGGUCGCUUCCACGGUAACAUGCACAUCCUGUUUACACCUUUAUCUGGAGAAGUUGGGCUCAGCUAGUCACGCUGCUUCACCUGGGAAGCUGUAGAAGGAAGCACCUGCUUCCCCUUCCCCACCUCCAGCACGUCCGCAGGGAUUCUCUUCUCUGUCGAGGCUCCACCAUCCAGUCCUCUACGGGACUGUGGAGCUAAGGUGGCUGCUGAGAGCUGCCAAGGACCGUCUGUCCCCCCUGCGGGACUGUCAAGGGAGGGAGGUGAACAAAUAGGAGCCAGCGUUUUUCCACACGCGUCUGUUGCGACUCCCGCUGUUUUGGCAACAUGACGAACAACGCUGCCGACCACCAUCCUGGGAAUUCGGUCGCUGAGGGUAGCCAUGAAGGGGAUUUCGGCUGCUCCCUGGUCGACCUGCGGACCCUCAUGGAGCUUCGGAGCAGUGAGGCCGUCGCAAGGAUAAAUGACACAUACGGGGGUGUGCAGAACAUCUGCAAGAGGCUGAAGACGUCGCCGGUGGAAGGCUUGUCUGGGAACCCAGCGGAUCUGGAGAAGCGGAGGCAGGUUUUUGGCCAGAACUUCAUCCCGCCCAAAAAGGCCAAGACCUUCCUGCAGUUAGUCUGGGAGGCGCUUCAGGACGUCACACUGAUCAUCUUGGAAAUCGCAGCCAUAAUCUCCCUGGGUCUGUCGUUCUAUCACCCCCCAGGUGGCGACAACGAAUUGUGUGGCCAAGCAGUGGCGGGCGCGGAGGAUGAGGGGGAGGCGCAGGCUGGCUGGAUCGAGGGAGCAGCCAUUCUCUUCUCGGUGAUCAUUGUGGUGCUGGUGACGGCCUUCAACGACUGGAGCAAGGAGAAGCAGUUCCGGGGUCUUCAGAGCCGGAUCGAGCAGGAGCAGAAGUUCACGGUCAUCCGUAAGGGGCAGGUGAUCCAGAUCCCUGUGGCUGAGAUCGUGGUGGGGGACAUUGCGCAGAUCAAAUACGGUGAUCUGCUGCCCUCGGAUGGGAUCCUGAUCCAGGGCAAUGAUCUGAAGAUCGACGAGAGCUCUCUGACUGGGGAGUCGGACCAUGUCAAGAAAUCCCUGGAUAAAGACCCCAUGCUGCUUUCAGGUACCCAUGUGAUGGAGGGCUCCGGACGGAUGUUAGUGACGGCUGUGGGCAUCAACUCGCAAACUGGAAUCAUCUUCACUCUGCUGGGUGCAGGAGAAGGGGAGGAGGAGAAGAAGGUGAAGAAAGGUAAAAAAGCAGGAGCCCCUGAAAAUCGCAACAAAGCUAAAACUCAGGAUGGUGUGGCCCUGGAGAUCCAGCCCCUGAAGAGCCAGGAAGGGGUGGAGAAUGAGGAGAAGGAGAAGAAGAAGGUGAAGGUCCCGAAGAAGGAGAAAUCGGUGCUGCAAGGGAAGCUCACCCGCCUGGCAGUGCAGAUUGGGAAGGCAGGACUGAUCAUGUCGGCCAUCACGGUGGUCAUCCUGGUGCUGUACUUUGUGAUCGACACCUUUGGGGUGCAGCAGAGGCCCUGGCUGGCUGAGUGCACCCCCAUCUACAUCCAGUACUUCGUCAAGUUCUUCAUCAUUGGCGUCACCGUGCUGGUGGUGGCCGUGCCUGAGGGCCUGCCCCUGGCUGUCACCAUCUCCCUGGCCUACUCGGUCAAGAAAAUGAUGAAGGACAACAACCUGGUGAGGCACCUGGAUGCCUGCGAGACCAUGGGCAACGCUACGGCCAUCUGCUCGGACAAGACUGGCACGCUCACCAUGAACCGCAUGACCGUGGUGCAGGCCUACGUGGGCGACACCCAUUACCGGCAGAUCCCCGACCCCGAAGCCAUCCUGUCCAAGGUCUUGGACCUCAUCGUCCAUAGCGUCGCCAUCAACUCCGCCUACACGUCAAAGAUCCUGCCACCAGAAAAGGAAGGGGGCCUCCCGCGGCAAGUGGGGAACAAGACAGAGUGCUCCCUGCUGGGCUUCGUCCUGGAUUUGAAGCAAGACUACCAGGCAGUUCGGAACGAGGUGCCAGAGGAGAAACUCUACAAGGUCUACACCUUCAACUCAGUGCGCAAAUCCAUGAGCACGGUGUUGAAAAACCCGGACGGCAGCUUCCGCAUGUACAGCAAAGGAGCCUCGGAGAUCAUCCUACGCAAGUGCACAAAGAUUCUGGACAAGAACGGGGACUUGCGGGUGUUCAAGGUGAAGGACCGGGAUGAGAUGGUGAAGAAGGUGAUUGAGCCGAUGGCGUGCCAAGGACUGCGCACCAUCUGUCUGGCCUUCCGCGACUUCCCUGCCGACGCCGAGCCUGACUGGGACAGCGAGAACGAGAUCGUGUCUGACCUGGCCUGUAUCACCGUGGUCGGCAUAGAGGAUCCUGUCCGGCCAGAGGUGCCAGAGGCCAUCGUGAAGUGCCAGCGUGCUGGCAUCACCGUCCGCAUGGUGACAGGCGACAACAUCAACACGGCCCGCGCCAUCGCUACCAAGUGCGGCAUCCUGCUGCCUGGGGAGGACUUCCUGUGCCUGGAGGGCAAGGAGUUCAACCGGCUCAUCCGGAAUGAGAAGGGAGAGGUGGAGCAAGAGCAGCUGGAUAAAGUCUGGCCCAAGCUGCGAGUUCUGGCCCGUUCCUCCCCCACGGAUAAGCAUACGCUUGUGAAAGGAAUUAUUGACAGCACUGUUGGAGAGCGGCGGCAGGUGGUGGCCGUGACUGGGGACGGGACCAAUGAUGGCCCAGCCUUGAAGAAAGCUGAUGUCGGAUUUGCUAUGGGCAUCGCAGGCACAGACGUGGCCAAAGAAGCUUCGGACAUCAUCCUGACGGAUGACAACUUCACCAGCAUUGUGAAGGCGGUGAUGUGGGGCCGCAACGUGUACGACAGUAUCUCCAAGUUCCUGCAGUUCCAGCUGACCGUCAACGUGGUGGCCGUCAUCGUCGCUUUCACAGGAGCCUGCAUCACACAGGACUCUCCGCUGAAGGCCGUCCAGAUGCUGUGGGUGAACUUGAUCAUGGACACCUUUGCGUCCUUAGCCCUUGCCACAGAGCCCCCCUCGGAGUCCCUCCUGCUGCGCCGGCCGUACGGCCGCAACAAGCCCCUGAUCUCCCGCACCAUGAUGAAGAACAUCCUGGGGCACGCAGUGUACCAGCUCACCAUCAUCUUCACUCUGCUCUUUGCAGGUGAGAAGUUCUUUGAUAUUGACAGUGGCCGGAACACGCCACUGCACUCCCCGCCCUCCGAACACUACACCAUUGUCUUCAACACCUUCGUCAUGAUGCAGCUGUUCAACGAGAUCAACGCUCGCAAGAUUCACGGCGAGAGGAACGUCUUUGAUGCCAUCUUCCGGAAUCCCAUCUUCUGCACGGUGGUGCUGGGAACCUUUGCUGCCCAGAUCCUCAUCGUGGAGUUUGGUGGGAAGCCGUUCAGCUGCUCUGGGCUCACCCUGAGCCAGUGGCUCUGGUGCAUCUUUAUCGGUGUUGGAGAGCUGCUUUGGGGCCAGCUGAUCUGCAGUGUUCCAACCAGUCAGCUGAAGUUCCUGAAGGAAGCUGGACAUGGUACCACCAAGGAGGAUAUUCCAGAAGAGGACCUGCCGGAGGACAUGGAUGAGAUUGACCAUGCUGAAAUGGAGCUCCGGCGGGGGCAGAUUCUGUGGUUCAGGGGCCUCAACAGGAUACAGACUCAGAUCAAAGUGGUGAAUGCGUUCCGUAGCUCUUUAUACGAUGGCCUCAAGAAACCCGAAUCCAGAAGCUCCAUUCAUAACUUCUCAACUCACCCUGAGUUCAUCCUGGAGGAAGACGAGCCUCGAACCCCAUUCCUCGACGACGCAGAAGAAGACUCCAAGACUGAUGGACUCGAAAACAAAGGUGGGAGUAGCCCAGGUGAAUCCUUCUCCCUCAACCAAAAUAACAAUGCGGUGGACAGCGAUCUAGCCGAGAACACCGUCCCAGAGUUUGAAAGCCCCUUAGACGGCCUGGAAUCAUCGGUUUGACCUUUGAACUUUGAUACUUCCUUCACCCUGAGUCCUGUGUGAUAUCAGCACCGAUAACUGAUAUUGCAGAGCGGUCACUUCAUGUUAACUGCUCAUAUGUAUACAAUUUUGUUUUCCUUUUAUGAUUUAGUGGCAGGAACCAGAGUCUCAUGGAGUUGGGAGGGUGCUGUUUGCAGUGGGUACUCGCCCAGGUGGGAAACAAGUUGAUAUUUCUUCUUGAGUCGGGUUCCAUGUGUCCGUAGGGGUUUUUCAUUUUGAAAAAUGCAUGUUAAAAGAAAAGGUUCAGAUUGUCUUAAAUAGUCUUACAUGCACGCUCGCCAUCUGAGGGUGCAUUUGUGGGGUGACUUGGGGGUCUUUUAGCUUGUGGGAUUUGACCCCGGUAACAUCACACUUGGGGGUGGGGGAGCAGCAGCAUGAAGGUACAGAUUUAAAAAUUGAACAGGGGGAAGAAAAUCUUGAAUUGUGUUAAAGAGUAGGAAAGGGAAAAACCAAACCGGUAUUCCCUGCGGGAGAUUCUGAUGGUUAGAGCAUGUAAACCAGUCUUCCACCUUGAAAAAAUGGUACCUAACCUUUACUACUUUUCUGUCUUUGUAUCUCUCUCUCUCUCUGUUUCCAACAUGCUAACUGUGAUUAAAAACAAGGGAGGAGGGUGAUUUAAGAGUCUUAAAUAUGUUGGCUAAGAUGUGAUUUGAAAAAGACCCUGCUUUGUUACAAAGUCCCAUGGGAGAUGCUGCCACCAUUGCUGGGAAUGUUCUCCAAGAACUGCAAUGACUGGAAAUAAGAAGUCUUACUUUCUGCGGAACUUUUUAAAUGCAUCGUUUUGCUCUUGAACUGUAUGAUGAUGGUCAGCAAGAGUUGUGCAUAAUUGAAUAGCAAAUCAUUUCUGAACCACUUUGGGAAGCAGAGGUGUUUUUGCGUGGUUUUUUUUUAUACUGUCAGAUUAAAUAUUCCUUUGGCCCUGGAGUGAGGCUAGCUGUGGCUAAGGUUCAUCCCAAAGAACAUACCACGUGCUGUACAUCCUUUUCAAAGCGGUGGUGGGGUCUGGAUGGGAAUCGAGUGCCAGCUGCUGAUGGAAGGCUGGGGCAGCUUAAGGCUGGGUUUUGCUGCUGGAUUUUGCAGGUCCCUUAGGACAGAGAAGAGAGACUGCAGUAGGGAAGGCCAUAUUUGCAUUGGCCAUAUCUGCAUAAUCCUAUUCAGUGUACAUACCUGCCUCAUGAUGGAAUUGUCCUGUCUGUGUGUCUCUAGGGUUGGAUGCAAAUGGGGGCAUUGUCCUGUAACAUGGCUGUCUUACUCCUGGGAAGGGAAGGGCACCUCCUUCAUCAGAACUUCAGAGGAGGCUUGAUAGCUAGGCUUUGCCCCACUCUCCCUUGUCACAAAGGUCCCCUCUCCACCUUAGACCCAAAUUUGCCUCUCCUGUUGCCUGGAUCUUGUUGCAUCUCAGUACUACAGACAGAUGCAAGAAAUGAUGAUCCGCGAAGCUAAGGUCAUAGCCAAUGUAACUUACUCUGGACAAAUCCGUUCCAGGAUGUCCUGUGCUAAUUGUUAAUGUGGCUCUCGGUUUUUUAGGUUUGUCCCCUGAUAUUUAGGUUGUGGCAGGGUGAGAGGCCUGGACUUGAGCUUUUGAUCAUCUGGGAAGCCACUCAGUGAAAUAGUUUUGAGCAAACUCACUUGUGAAGACAAGGAAGGGCUAAAUCAUGAGUGAUGGGAGAUGUCUGCAACUCCUGUUGACUUCACUGGGUGCUUUUGUACCUCUGAGUUUGGCCCUAGAUUGGUGUCAUUGGGAAAUGCUGUAGAAGGUUACCUACUUUACUCCCUUAUCUAACACUUAUUAAAUUAAAAGCUCUACCUGGAAGGAAAAAGAGAACCCACUUGCAACUGCCUGUAUUAAAGGGUUUGUGACAAAAAAGGGACAGGGGCCUUUGCCCAGUCUCCUUCCCAACAAGCAGAUAUAUCUUACUGAGUGACGUGUUUUUUCUUUUUUUUUUUUAAAAAGAACGCACAGCAAAAACUCCCGUGCCUUUUCCAAGCACUGCCCAAAGCACCGUCUGCCACUUGGGAGCCCGGUACUUUGCCAAGAAAUAAGUGUUCCUUAAACAACCCAGUACGGACUCGUGCCCUGGCGCUGUCACGCUUCAUUCCACAUCUGUUCAGGGUAGACCAAUGAAAGGUCCUUCUCACAGGGUCUUCGGCUCCAAGGCUAGUAAAGAGGAGGGGAUGCUAGGCUCCACAAACUGCCAAUACCAAGAAGAAAUAACCACCUGUGCAUCUUAAUUGCAAAUCAAAGCCCAUCCCUUUCAUCCAGAAAAACCCACCUGCUUCCUUCAUUCCUUUCAUUCAUGUGAGCUAUAAUUGGGAGGGAUUAAGGGGGAAGUUUAGCUGUUUCUUGGUCUCUUACAUGACCUAUCUGAUGGGAAAGAGAAAAGGAGUUUCGUUUUUCUGUUCUAAAGCUUACAUUGCUUAAAAGAUCAUUUUUCUAUUUUAAGUACUUGCAAAAAAAUACAACUGAUGAAAAUACGGUGUUCUUAGGCGCUUACGUAAAUAUUUAUUAAAUACUUUUGGGGGACACGGAUUUUGUUUGUUUUUUUAUUACCUCAGACCUGUUUUUGUUUUUUUUUUAAAAAAAAAAGGGGGGGGGAGGGACUUUGGAGUAAACGCUUAAAACGUCACUCCCAGAAGUCUCUGACUGGCAGGUUACCAUGAGGGUCUGGUCUACCUUUAGUCAAUUUAUUUUUUGUUCUAGUUUCAAUCAUUGGGGGGCGGGGGAGGGAAAUUAUAUAUAAAUAUGCAAAAAAUAUAGUUUUCUUUAGAUCAGAAACUGAUAUUUUUAAGUCAGCCAUAUGUAUUUUGUUUAAAGGAAAACAAAGCUGUAAAUCAUGUGUCUGCAAUGGAAUGUGAUCACAUGACUGGCAGUUUAAAGUGACAGGUAACUUAAGGAUUGGUCAGACGCCAAUCGACUUCCUUUCUCUGAGCAGCCAUCUUUGUACUAAAAGUUAGUUGGAUUACACAGAACCGUUUUUAUAUAAAUUAUGUUGGUAUGGCUGGUUGCUUAAAGUAUAAGCAUUUAUUGUGCAUACUUUUUUAUGUAAUAUUUUUUUCUAUUUAGUUUCAGUGAUAAACUGGCAGCAGCUAACUAUGGCUUAAGUUAUUGAGGAAACUUAAAAUGGGGAGAGAAAGAGAUGGUGCAUUCAAUUUAAAAGGCAUGGUAGCCUAAAUGAAUUUCAUGAAACAUGCCUUGAAAGAUGGAGAGAGGUUUAUUUUAUUUUUUUUUUUACUGCCAACAGAACGAGUCGGGGGGAGGGAAUUAGGUAGUGCCAUAUCAGACAGGAAAUGAAGUAAUCUCCUGUGAUACGUGUUAACUUGCCUUGGAAUGCUGUGUUGUUAAAACACUUUAAACUAUUUUGCGUCCAAUUCUUAAGGGUAGGGUCUGUUUUGUUUUGUUAAAUCAAGUGGCGGAUUGGUACCAAAGACAUUACAUCACUUCCUGUGUGCAAUGGUGAAUAUCCAUUUCUAGGAGCUUUCAUCAUGUGAUUAGGUUCGAAAGGGGGAUGUUUGUUUGCACAGGGAUCUGACUUUAAUUUUCAAAGGUUUUGUGCAAUAAGUUUUUAAGGAAAAACAUUUACAACAAAACAAGAAAAAAAAAAUCUCCAGAAGGAAAAAUACUAAACUGAAUUUUAGCCAUGGGUAGGCUGUAAAAAAUAAAUGAGCUGGGGCAGAGGAACAUGUUCAGUCUGUCCCUCAUCUAGAAGCUUUCUCUGUGGGGAGCAUGGAUGAUUUGUGGCGGGUUUAACUUUGGAUCAUGCUGGGGAAGAGGCAAUUCAAAGCCCAUGGCUGACUCCCACGGCCUUCAAUGGGUUCUGGAUCAGGCCCUCUGAGGAAGGGAUCUUCGAGAAGAUCGGUUGCUAUAGUGACUUCUUCCAGCAUUCCACCAAGCAGGGACCCUUCCCCCCCCCCCCCCGCCAAAAACAGUCACGGCCUUUGAUUUUCAUGUAUCCCAAGGUUUUCUGCCUUCACAUGUGUUUUUGGGGCAAAUGGCUGUUGACUAUUGUCUCUGGGAGCUACAGCCCCAAGAGGAGGGGAAGGGUGAUGGUAGUUCUGUUUGUGCCGUGAGAAAGUCUUAGAUGACUUCAUCUUCUGCUUUCCCUACCUCCUUGUGAAUUUGCCAAUUUUCUGAGCUAUCCAUAAGGAUCUCCUGAAAUGUGCUCUGAAAACUCAACUCCCCCACACAUAUAUCCCAGCCGUAAAUCUUGCUGAGAGAAGGACAAGCUAAGUGUAGUUGUGGUGAAUAUAACUUUGGCCUGAUAGAACUGACCAUAACUCCUUCAGGCUUACCUAGGAUUUGUGGGUCAAAAACAAUGCUGCUUUGUGGCUUGUGCUGUCCUAUUCAUGAUGGUGUCUUUUCCCUUUCCUUGUCAGUAAUUCUGCCCAUCUCUUCCUCCUCGCUGUCUGACCUCUUGUGCUUUAUGCCUCUGAUGUCCCUGCUGAUCCCCCCCCCCCCCCCCACAGAGGGGGCUGUGGUUGGGAUGUUAAGUUAAUUAGCCUUUCAGCAAAGUCCAUGGCUAAAAUGGCCUUUAGUUUAUUUCCUAACCCUCAAUAAAUAUAUAUACAAAAAUAUACUUUGUAUGUAUAUAUUUAUCUGAUUCUCUUUUAAAAAAAAAACAACAAAAUAACCAAAAUCUUUCUUUUGAAAAAAGCACGCAGGUUUGAAUUUGAGUUUUUUUUCAGUAACUAGUAUAAUAAGCACUGGUAUUUUUGUAUUUAAAAAAAAAAGAAGAAAAAAAGACACAAUAAAAGACUGAAUAUUAUGUGGUAUGCAUGACAUUAAAAAAAAUGGUGGUUUCAAAGCAAUAUGUACCCUGGUGUGUUUGCCAUAACCUAGAAUCCAGCUUAAAGUGCACCUGAUCUGUAUUUGCAUUUUGAUAUUUAAUCUCUCUGUAUGAUGUUUUGCAUGUAAUUUAUAUGGUUCUUGGGGAGGAAAAAAAUACUUUUUUGAAUGAAUUGUCAACUAGCUGCUUCUGGGAAAAUUUGGAACUCAAAGCAGAGAAUGCUGUGAUUGGAAAUGGAAGGGGCGGGGGGAAACUACGUAACGGAAGAUAAAGCGGGGGAAACAAAGGGGUAACGUUUUGAAUCAAUAAAGCUUUUGCUGUUGAGCAGAAACAAUGUGCGAGUGCAUCAAGAGAAUAAAAUGUGCCCACACGUAAUUGUGCUGUCCUUAGUGUAUGUCUACUAGCUUGUGAAGUCACUGAUCAUCUACUGAAGCGGAGAUGAAGGACUGCACUUAAAGGCUCACCUCAGAGCAAAGCUGUAGUGUGGAAACUGGUGGUGGCUGAUUUUGUUUCAAUCUCACACCAUGAAAAAAAAUUUAUUUAAAAAGGUUUUCCAACCUCCCUCUUCAGAUGUGGAUGACUGUACUGAACUGUUUGUUCCCAUCGUUCUGACUUCUACCAUCUGCGAGCAAGGUCCAGAAGCAGCUGUCAAAUACUAGCCAAAGCGAAUGCCUUCUCACAGAUAUGGCCAUGUGGACAUUUUCCCAUUCCUCUGACGGUGUCCCUCCAAAAACUCUCCAAAUGCAGUAUGUGGCAAUAGAGUUGAACUGCAUCUUUCUAGUGUUGACCUCAAUUCAGUAAAGCCCUUUAAAUAUCUAAGUCCAUCCCUCUUUUAGUCACAUACUUAAGUGUUUUGUUGAGCUGGAGUCUCAAAAGCAGUUAGCUAUUGAAAUUCAUCCAAAGAUGUAGCUGAAACAAGUCCUGAUCCUUUGGCAUUUAUGCUCAGGAAGGGCUUUACUAAUCUGAGUAGUCUUAGCAGCAUCAGUGGGACUGUUCCCACAAGUAAAACUAUUCAGGGGUUUCACCAUUUUUAGGAGCAAUUUUGAAGACGUAAUGGAGAUUUUGACCACAUGGGGGGGCGGACAUCCCACCUGUCAUUACUGCACAGUCAGCUCAGGAGAGGAACUUGGGCUGAAGGCAGAGCUGGGAUGGGAGAGGAGCUGGGGCUAGAGAUGGAGACUUGUGGGAAUGAGGGCAGAGCUGGGCAGUGAAGCUGGUAUAGGUGGUGCUCCCUCCUGUUGGGGCUGGCCUGGGUGCCCCGCGCACGCACCCCUCCACACACUUUCAGUGGUAUGCCCCCAUAGUUUGAGGACCGCUGUCCAGAGACCAGCAAAUCAAUUGAUGUGAAUUAAGCUUAGAUCAGAGCUUACGUGACUGGGAGAAGUGGUUACAGGAAUUAUAAUACAAGGGCCUGGCAGGGUCACUCUUGUUCCCAGUGGAGUGCUGUCAAAUAGUGAACCUCUUCUUUGGGAUCACACACUAGCUAACCCCUAAGGCCUGUCUCUUUGGUUUUAAAAGAUGCAGUCAGAAAUGUAGUUUAUUCUUAAAAGUAAAAGCUGGUUCUGAUUGGAUGCUAUUCAGCAGAAAUGCUCCAAAUUUUCCCAAUGGUUUCGGACCUAGUCCUUUUUUCUGAACAGCAGCUGCGAUGCUAAUUUACAGAGUUGUGUUGUUUUUUCCCAUACCCAGUUAUGCCAAUAAUUGUGGCUCACACUGUCAGUCUCUCAUUUUUGUGCAUAAUUGUAUGUUCCUUUGUGAUUGUGUUGGCCUGUCGCUCCUUUUGUGUGAUAAUUUGGUUGGUUGGGCAUUGGCAGAUACGAGCAAGAUCAUUAUUCCCACGGCCACUGAGCUUGCAUCUUCUGUUUCCAUCCUGCCACUUUGAUGGGAACUCAACUGCCGUUAAUUCUACCAAGAUAUGUUGUUAUGGGGCCAGGUUACCAGCAGCAGAGGCACUGGAAUGGGGUCACUGGUGAACCACUUUGAGGUCCCACAGUAGCCAAACUUGUGUGUGACUGGGAAAGACUAAAAUAUUGGACUCCAUGUGUCUCCAUCAAAGUUGGGCCCAAACUGAGUGGAGAAGAGAGAUCAGGAUACAAGCCCCAGCAGAUUGGGCCCAGAUCCUCAAAGGUAUUUAGGCACCUAACUCCUUACACCUUUUGACAAGCUGGGCCUUCCUCCCUUAGGCUCUUGGGGUGGAUAAAUAGGGCAAAAGUUCUGUUUAACAUAAAUGGCUUUGCACAGAGCGGUAGCAUGACCUGGAUUUGGUGUGAAACAAGCAACUUCAUGUCGCUGAAAUUGGUAGGUCGGGGAGUCCAGCGUGCCCCUCAUUACUCAAGUUUCUUUUGCUGGAAAGGCCAUGCUCCCUAAGGCUGGGCCUGCAUAGGGUUUGAACAAAUAUAAUUUUUUUUCAGUGGGAGGGGUGAUUUCCUACUACUGUAAUUAUACCAGUACAAGCCCUAGUCUAGAUGUAGUUAUACUGGCAUAGCUUAUUCUGCCUUCACUUAUUGGAAUAAACUAUCCUGGUAUAAGCACCUUUAUAUUGGUAUAACUGUAUCCCUGUAGUUACAGCAGCAGACAAGCCCGUGGUGGUGAUCACUUUCAUGGGUGGGCAUAGCUAAUCUUAGCCUUAAAUUUCAGGUGAGAUUCCUUAGGUUUAGUCUACAUGAGGAAAUUUACCAGCAUAAUUAAUUAUUUCUAGUUACAUUGAGAAGUGUCUCUAUAUGAACGCUUACUCCAGAUUAAAAGUGCCUUCUUUCUGAUUUUUCCUGGAGUGCUUUUGAAGGGUUUAAAUUAAAUCAGAAAAAAGGCACAGUUAUUCCAGCAUAAGAGUGUCUAGGUGGGGAAAUUUACCGGUAUAACUAGCCGUAUAAUUAUGCCAGUUUUUCCUGUAUAGACAAAUCCUUAAACCCAUGGGUCAGAUCCUCAGCUGCUAUAAAUCAGCGUCGCAUCCUUGAAGCCAAUGGUGCUCUGUUGACUGACACCUGUAAUAUUCAGUAGACUCACCGCUGCAGAAAAGUUCUGCUUUUCAGAAGUGCAAAGCACCUGUGAUUCCAUUUCCAGUCAAAGUCAGUGGGAGCUGGAAGGGGCUCAGCACCUCUGAAAAGUCAAGCCACAAUUAAAAAUUACUACUUUUUUUCAGAAAGGAAUACAACUGAUUUAAAAAGGCUCCCAGCUGCGCACAAGUGUUUACUUCCCCAUGCAUGUUACAGUGUAGGGCUAAGUAUUUCCUGAGCUUUUACCUCCUCCUGAGCCAGACUUUUGCUACCUUGGCUAGUUUGCUAACUGCUUUUGGGUCUUGACUCAACUCCAUUUCACAAGAGCCUCCUACCUCAUUCUUCAUUAACUGAAUGGGGUGGUUGACUGAGAACUCCUGCAGCCUGCCUGGGGUCGCGAUUUAAUGUAAGUGAUGAACUUUUGCUGCUUUAAACAGCCAAACAAAAAAAAAAUGGACCCAGCGACUCACUGCCUUAGUCUGUGGUUUAAUAAGAAAAAAAAGCAAAGCCUCAUUAGAUAUCAGUGCUACAUAUUUACUGCUUCUGUCCUCCAUGUCUGUCGGCGUCUAUGGUCCUCCACUGUGUGUCUCUGACAAAUGCAGACUGAAUAGGGGAGGCCAUCAGUCAUUCAUGGGCAAGCAUUUUUUAAUCCCGUUGUAAAUAAAAAGAAACAAAAUUGUCACCU